GAGAACAACUGCAAUUCCAUAUUGUAAGAACUGCCCCAGGACUGGGAAAUGUUACUGUUGAAUGGAAGAUAAUUGGGCAUAACGUAAAACAAAAUUUUGAAGACUAUUCUGGAAUACUCUUUUUUCCUGAGGAGACAUUGAAUACAACAUUAUAUGUUCACUUGCUGGAUGACCAUAUUCCUGAAGAAAAAGAAGAAUACCAGAUCAUCCUAUACAACAUCAAAACAGAAGGAGUUUCUUCUUCAGGUGCUGCUGUUUUGGAUAGUCAAGGUUAUGAAGCUGUUCUGACCGUAGAAGCUAGUGAUGAACCACAUGGAGUCUUGAAUUUUGCUUCCCCAUCGAGGGUAGUUUUAAUGCCAGAGGAAAACAAAACGGUUCAGCUUUUUAUUAACAGAGAAUUCGGAUCUCUAGGUGCUAUCAAUGUUACGUAUGCGACAGUUCCAGGAUUGCUCACCUCAAGUAAUGAGACAGAAGGGAUGCUGGCUGAACCAGGAGCUGAUUAUGUAGCUGUUUCUGGCUCACUGAUUUUAGAAGAAGGAGAAACAUCAGCUGCCAUAAAUAUUACUAUUCUAGAGGAUGAUGUACCAGAGGUGCAAGAAUUCUUCUUGGUUAAUUUAACUUCAGUGGAACUCAUCAUGAACCAUUCAACUUCAUCCCCACCUAGGCUGGAUGUGGAAGGUUUAGCUUCUCAAAUUAUUAUUGAUGCUAAUGAUGGAGUAAGCGGAGUUAUUGAAUGGGAAAGUACCAAUUUUGAAGUUAAUGAAUCUCAUGGGAAUCUGACAAUAACAGCAUACCGAAGCAGAGGAUCAUAUGGCAAUGUGUCUGUGUUUUUUUAUGCCCAAAAUUUGGAGGCACAGCUGGGUUUGGAUUUUAAUGUGACCUCAAGGACUCUUUUUUUUGCUGAUGGAGAAAGGAAUAAAUCUGUUGUUGUUACAAUUUUUGAUGAUGAUAUUCCUGAAGGUGAUGAGAAGUUCCAGUUAAUUUUGACAAAUCCCUCUCUGGGGCUGGAAUUAGGGGAGAACACAACAGCCACAAUUACUAUACUUGCCAAUGAUGAUGGCCAUGGAGUUCUGUCAUUCAAUAACAGCGAUCACUUCUUCCUAAGAGAGCAAACAGCUCUCCAUUUGAUGGAAAGUGUUGCAGUAUUAAAUAUUAUUAGAGAACCUCCUCAGGGGAUAUUUGGCACUGUGACUGUUCAAUAUCUUGUAAGUGAAAUUAAUUCUUCAGAGGCAUCAGUGGAUUUGACCCCUUCUCAAGGAUAUAUUGUGCUGGAAGAGGGAGUCAGAUUCAAGACACUGCAUAUUUCUGCAAUACUGGAUGAAGAACCAGAAAUGGAUGAGCACUUUGUUGUCACCCUGUUCAAUCCAACUGGAGGAGCCAGACUGGGCACAAGAGUGCAAACUAUGAUUACUGUAUUACAGAACCAGGCUCCCCUAGGGCUUUUCAGCAUCUAUCCCGUUACAAACAGGACAAAUUUCCUCAUAACUGAAGAAGCCAACACUACAGUUUAUUUGAAAGUUUCACGGAGUAAUGGGCUCAACGUGUCUGUGAGUGUUGAGUGGGAGACAUUGUCGGAUACUGCAUUUGGCAUCAGAGGUAGUAUCAGUGUCCUGUCUGUCUUGCAAAGUUUUGUGGAAGAGUCAGCGUCUAGCUGGUGUUUCUUUACAUCGGGAGAAAUCCUCUAUGGUGUUCUGUUGCGUACGCCUCCAGCUACGUUUUCUACUGUCUACCAGUGGAAAGGAGUUUUUGUUCCUGUUGAGAAUUUCAGUAUGUGGAAUCCUAAGAGCUGUGUGUCUUUCCAAAUCCGUGCCUCUCCGUACCUUGUGAUUACUCAUGGAGGAGCCAGGCAGGGAGCUUCCAACAACAAUACAGACUCUCUCUAUCCUGGAUACCAGACAUGUGAAACACUUUGCUGUGGAUGAAGAUGACUAUUUGAUUUUUGUGAGUGACACAACCAGUUCCAGUUCCAUCCAGGUUUUCCAGUGGAAUAAAGAUAUAUUUGUGCUGCAUCAUCAACUUCCACUUUACAGAGCUCUGAACAUAGCCUUGUUUCCCAGAGGAGGCAUUAUGUACCUGUUAGUUUCUUUGUCAAAUACCAGCCAGAACAUGCUCUUGUA